CCGUGCCGCGGGGGACGGCGGUGUGAGGGAGGGAGCGCCUGUCCCCACCGCGGUAGCUUCUUCCGGCGCCAAGAUGGCGGCUCCCUCAGUGCUGGGCUGCGGGCGGGCGGCGAGCCGUAAGGUGUUGCGGCUGGAGGCCCGGGGGCUGCAAGCGGCGGCGCCCACCGCGGAGCUCUGCACCAAGCCGGCGGGCUCCGGGAAGCCGCCAAAGAAUCUAGUGGCACCACAGGGAAGCACCAGGCUGCUACCCAUCAAGGCACCAGUUGAAUUUCCUAAAAUGUUGUCUUCUAGCUCUCUCCUAGCAUCUGCAAACAAAGGUGAGAGCAUAUCUAGUACUAACCUCGAGGAAGCUUCAAAACCUUCUGCUGAAGAUAUGAGGAAGUUUAUGUCAAGAAAAACUGUGGUUGAAUUUCCUCAGCGAUUAGUUGUUUCUUCCCGUGAGGAGGAAAACCUCAUUAAACCUGCAACAGAAGGAGGCUUGAGGAAAGAGAGAGUUGAGGAAGAGACUUCAUCUUCAUCCAGCUCAGAUUCAGAUUCUAGCUCAGAUUCUGAGGAAGAAAAUGAUGGUGAUGAUUCAAAAGUUGCCAUCAAAACCAAAGUUGAGUUUCCUAGACGAGAUUCCGUGUUUUCUGAGAACAUAGCGGUAAAGGCAUCAAUGCUAGCAAAAGAUAACUUGCCCCAGAAAUCUCACAAAGAAUACGUGGCUAAGAAGCAGCCGCAAAAACCAGAAACUAAUGUGUCUCCUGUCAAGCAGGCCGCAUUUUCUAAAACAUCAGUCAGCCAUGAAACAUCAAAAUCCGAAGCAAGAGUCCCCAAAGUAAAACCAACUCCAAAAGAAGCAGAUUGGGAGAAGCUGGUCUUAAAACCACACCUGGUUGAAAGCCAAGACCUGACCAAUGUCACUCAUAAAUCUGAUUAUUUGGAGGACAAGUCCAUUGGAACCCAAGUAGCAGCUCUUCAGCUGAAAGCUUCAUCAGUGACUCAGGAAGACAUAAAGCAAAAACUGGUAUCCGGAGGAGAAGAAGAAAAGGUGAAGGAGGCACAGGAGUCAGAAGCAAAAGUAACUGCUCCUAAACUAGAAGAAGAGACUUCUGAAAGCGCAGUGUUGGUGAUGGGCACUACAGCAAAGGAGGAGACCAUUCAGGAAGCAGGAGUCCAGGCUGGAGAAAGCAGCACAAUAGAGGAGACCACAGCAGUUGGUGAGCCUGCUCCAGAAGAGUUCGAUAAUUCUACCUACAAGAACCUUCAGCAUCACGAAUACAACAUUUAUACUUUCUUCGAUUCUAUUGCAGUUCUCUCCAAAUUCAGGCAGCCUCAGCCAUCUUCUGGAAGACCUUCACCAAGGCACUGAGAGAACCAUAUUUAAAACAAAUGCUUAGGCGGAAUGAUAGAUUGUUCUAUUUAGCACUGUUGCUUCAUCUGUAUUAUAAAUCAGAUAAUAAAUAAUAAAUGAAUGCAGGAUAACUUGUGCUUUUGAACAUUUCUUCUUGGUUCUGAGAGUCCCUCUCCUCUGCCUUUUGUGAAUGAGCUCUCAAUGAAUCAUCACGGGAUAAAAACAGCUUUGCUACCUCUCAGUAUAUGUUAUUUCUUGAUAGUGUAAAAGUCCUGACAUUUCAGUGUCCCCAAGCAUUUGAAACUGACCAUUCUUUCAGUACCAUGUCAAAGAACUUAAUGGCCCUUGUGCAUGUGCCUGUUCAGUAUGUGCCAUGGUUUUAAUGGGUAUUGUUAUCACUGUAACACGGCGGGCUGUUCUGCUUGCACACAAACGUGUUCCCAGCUCUGAAGAGGUUAUGUUUACUCUGGAUUUGGAUUUAAAAUCAUUGGCUAAGAAACAGCAUAAGAAGUAUUUGUCUCCAGUGGCAAGAGUGUAUGUUUUGUGUUAGUGGAGGAAUGUAACUUUGUGUAAUGUUACUGAAACAUCUCAAACCCUCUGCUGUUGUAAAGGGAGAGCGUACAACUAUAUUUAAUCUUCAGUUGGGGGUUCUAGCAUCCAGGUUCUGCAGUAAUUGAAAUAACUCAGAAUGUAGGAGAAUCUCAGUGAGCAAUUCCUAAUGAAUUAUACUACAUUGAUUAAACUCUGAGAAAUAAUGAAAUUUAAGGGGUAGAAUCACUUGAAUGUUCUUUUUAAACGUGAUGAAAAUAGUAUUAGGUUAAAAUCAGCUUCUGGUACCAAUUGUUCAGUGGGACUAUGUUUCAGUUCCCACUGGUGGGUUUUUUUCCCCACAAUAAAAGAUAAGAUUGCUGUCCAGCUUCACUCUUGCUCUGCAAAAAAUGUGAGAAAUGAGGCACUUCUCAAUAUAUGUUAUCAGCAGUUACAGUUGGUCUCACUAAAUUUUGUAUUCCCAUCCUAUUAGUAACAGUCUUCUGCCCUCUGGGAAAACUGCCUUGAUGACCUCCAGCUGUUGAGGGUUUAGUUCCAUUUUGGCUUCUUGUUCAUUUUGGGGUUUUUUGGAGUUAAUUGGUCUUUGAGCAGUUGUACUUGCAACAGCUCCAGCGUUUUCCAUCACCUGUCUGUAUUCCUUCAAGCAACAGAAUACACAAGAUCAAAGGGAAAACCGAGUCAGCCUUAGGAGUCUAUCUGGAUAUUGGAUGCAAAUCCCUGGGUGCAAUUAGUAGAACAGAUAUUUUAUACUCUAACUUGGCAAAAAUGUGGUAAGAAGGAUCAAGAGGCCUACAUCAAUCUGCUGUGUAGGAUUUUAAGUCAGAAACCUCUGGCAAGCAGUUUUAUUGUCCUGUAAAAACUAAAAAGCGUAUUACUGACUCUAACUAUGAAAUGUAAAAAUCGGCAAAUGUAUAAAUCCAUGUGCUUAGCAAUAAAGAGCAGAAAGUCUCUUUGAGACACCAGUGGUACCACGUACGCUGUACUUGUAAAAGGGAAAGAAAUUUGCUGUUAACAUUAAACACAUGAAA